AGCGCAGCGGUCAGGAUGGUCUUGGAUCAGGCUAUCAAACAAUGCCCCCUUCCUUUAAACACAAGAAUAACCUCUCCCCAAUUUUUACCCCCUCGCUUUGGUUCCAUCUGGAACAGAAGAUAAUGGCGGUUGAUGGUGGUGGAGGGAGGAGCUGUGGCGUGCAUGAGCUCAUCUGUGCCAGAAGAGUGACUCCAGAGCUGCUAGGAGUCCUAUCCUCCAUUGCGGCCUUCGUGGCCGUGUUGGCUCUAUUUUGUCUUUACGUCAGCAACAAGCUGUCAGUGGAGAGUGCCAGCGAGCUGCCAUGCCUCGACAACUAUAGGCCCAACCAGCAAGCCAGAGCCUGUGAUGAGAUGAUAAGAUAAUCUAGAACCCACCAGACAGUGUGGAGAAGGACAGCCACCACAGCCGUCAGCAAGUCCACCUAACAUGGCGUUCUUCAAGAGCUUUGGGCAGAACCUACCAUCUGUAAACAUCUCCUCCAUCUUGGAUUCAGUCAGCAGCAGAGUGGACGACCUAGCCAGUGCUGUCAGUGAUGCCACCUACAGCGUCAGUGACCAGCUGACCGAGCUCAGCGACCAGGUCAUCAAGAAGGUGCAGACGGAGGAGGAGGAGGCUGCAGAAGCGACAGAGGGGGCCCAGGACAGCAAGGAAGGAAAGGCCCAGGAAGGGAUAGCAGACUCAUUCAGGAGCAAAAUAAAGAGGCAGGCUUCUGAGGCCUGCUCAAGCUUGGCAGACUACAGCUCCAACCUCAGCCAAUCCAAUGACUCGAAGAAUAACCAAUCGAGUGACGUGACAGCAGAGGACUAUGUUCCAGCCCAAUUGGAAUGGGUGUGGAAAGAUGGAGGCUGGCGAGUGGUAAAACCAGGGGAGAGUUCUGCAGAGGACAAGGAAAAGGAGGAGAAAAGGAAGGAGGAGGAAAAGACGAAGAAAGAGGAGAAGGAGAAGAGAAAGGCAGAGAAAGACAAGAAGAAGGAGGAGAGGCUGAAACAGGAGGAAGAGAAGAAAAAUAGCCAUCAAGAGACCAUUGAGGAAGAGCCUGAAGAUAAAGAAACCAGCUCAUUGCCGAAAGAGACCCACACUGCUAGUCAGAACAAAGAGGGCCAGAAAGAGGACAAAUCCAAUGGGAUCCACCAGAGUGACGACCAUAGUGAUCCACCGCAAUCUCUUUGCCCUGAGGAAGAGUCAAGAGCAUCCCAAAAGAAAAACAAGGGGAAAGCUGAAGAGGAGGAAGAGAAUGAGAUGAGUCCCGAGGGAGAUGGAGAGACUGAACCUGCUAUGUCUCCCGUUUCUGAGAAAAAUAAGAAAAAGAGUGACAAGAAGAAAGAGAAAGUGAAAGGGAAGAAAGAGAGCAAGAAGACGAAUAAAGAGGAUAAAGAGCAGAGCUGCCCAGAGCGUGGCUCUGAGGAGGACAGUGAAGAGGACAGACCAGGGGGACACUCUGAACCCUCAGCCCAGCACAGAGCCUCAGUCUGGGACAACCGACACAAACACACCAGCGACCACAGCAGUGAGGCCUCCGCCGGACAAGCCAACAGCAUCCAGCGGAUGAGACGAGGCUCUCCCCUCAACGAGCUCCAGCCACCCCCGUAUCAGGACGAGAAUAGUUCGGUCCGGGUGUCUCGCUCGCGUUCUGGGGCGGGGGGUCUGGGGGAGUCGUCCCCAGACGUUAAUGGUACACAGCGCUCCAGUGAGGCCAGCGUUGACCCGGACACUGAGAGUUACCUCAACAAGGGCUAUGAUGAGGAUGUACCUAGUGACAGCACUGCCGUCCUGGGACCAGAGGAUGGUUCAACCUCCCAUCUUCACGUAGGCUAUGAGCCGGAGCCGCUGGCCAAGUACGGCACACUGGACGUGGCCUUCGAGUACGACUCGGGCGAGCAACGCCUUGCCGUCACUGUCACCGCAGCAACCGACAUCCCCGCACUCAAACAGACAGGGAACAUUGCGUGGCAGGUGCACCUGGUGCUGCUGCCCACUAAGAAGCAACGGGCCAAGACGGGGGUGCAGAGGGGGCCGUGUCCCAUGUUCACAGAGACCUUCCGCUUCACCCGGGUGGAGCAGGGGGCGCUGGCGGACCACGCCGUCAGGUUCCGUCUCUACAGCGUUAGGAGGAUGAAGAAGGAGAAGGUGCUGGGAGAGAAGGUGUUCUACUUGACCAAACUCAACCUGCAGGGCAAGAUGGCGCUGCCCGUUACACUGGAGCCUGGCACAGCACUAACGGGCUGUGGGUCGUUGGUGAGUGUGUCUCGCAGCGUGGCAGCUUUGUCCUACCGCUCUACAUGGGACUCCACACCAGAGAUCCUGCUGGGCCUCAUCUAUAACUCCACCACUGGCAGGCUCUCUGCAGAGGUCAUCCAGGGCAGACAGUUCAACAACACAGCCUCAGACAAACCUCCCAACACCUAUGUGAAGCUGACUAUGCUGGACUCCAAGGGCAAGGAGAUGUCUAAGUGCAAGACGUCGGUGUGCCGCGGUCAGCCCAACCCCACCUACAAGGAGACCUUUGUCUUUCAGGUGGCCCUCUUCCAGCUCUCCGAGGUUUCCCUGGUGGUGUCGGUGUACAGCCGAAGGAGCAGCAUGAAGGCCAGGGAGAAGGUGGGCUGGCUGUCCCUGGGGCUCAACAGCACUGGAGAGGAGCAGCAGGCACACUGGAGCCAGAUGAAGGAGGCCGAGGGACAGCAGGUGUGCCAUUGGCACACGCUCUCGGAAUCUUGAAC